UGCACUGGGCUGGUUGGUGAGUAAGACCGAAAGGUUCCGCCUCCACAUCCUCUCCACACACACAGAUUUGCCAUGCUUCCUUUGCUGAUGUAAGUGUGUGUGUCUUCCUUUUGUACUCGUCUGUGUUUAACAUUGGCUCUCAGUGUGUAACCACACACACACACGCGCGCGCACACAGACACACACACACUUUUACAGAAUGGAUGGGUGAGGAUCGAGUUGGUUUUCUUUAAGUUGGACGACAAAAACGGAGACAGCUGCUAGAGGAGCAUGGGUACGACUGCCAGCACCGCCCCUCCACCAGCGUCUGAGGGUUUCCAUAGCAACACCAUGAUGGACAGCAGGCAGCCACUAAGCCCCGCCCCCUUCAUCCACAACAACAGAGCCAAAUCCAUCAUCACCAAUAAAGUGGCGCCGGUCGUUAUCACCCUUAAUUGCAAACAAGAGUUUCAGAUCCACGAUGAUGUCAUCAAGACGAAUUACACAGUGGGGCGCAUUUCUGAUAACAUGCCUGAACACUUCCUGGUGCAGGGCUCCUACUUCAUGGUGCUGGACGUGUUCAGUAAAGCGGACGUUCUCAACACGACUGCCUCGUGUGGCGCUCCAAACUUCCGUCAGGUCAGAGGAGGUUACCCGGUGUUUGGAAUGGGUCAGCCCAGACUGGGUGGUUUCAAAAAGGUCCUGUACAUGCUGCAGAGCCGAGGGCACGAGGAGGUGAUCAUUUUCUGUGUAAGGGAGGAGCCGGUGGUGUUCCUGCGUGUGGAGGAUGAUUUUGUUCCGUACACGCCGAGGAAAAAGGAGAACCUGCACGAGAACCUACAGGGCCUGAGUAAGAACAUUCUUGUGGAGAACCUCGAACUCAACAUCAGGAAAGAGCUGCAUGACUUUGCCAGGCUGAACGAGAACGCCUUCUUCGUCUACAACGACAUUGAACACUUUAAAGAUGAACCUCAGAGGAUCUUCAUCACCUGUGAAGAGGACAUUCACGUCACUGAAGAGGUUUACAGAAGGCCUGUUUUCACCACACCCUCAUACAGGUAUCACCGUCUGCCUCUGCCAGUAGAGGGCGCUCCGUUGGAGGAGCACUUCAACGCCUUUGUGAACGUGUUACGGGAGACCCCGUCUUUGUGUGUGAAAGGGGGCAGGGCCUGUCCUCCCCCAGCCCUGCUAUUCAGCUGUCAGGUCGGUGUGGGUCGUACCAACGUGGCCAUGAUCCUGGGGACUCUGGUGAUGCAGAGACUGAUGGCAAAUACACAACCUUCACCGUCUACACACACACCUGAUGUGGAAGAAUCGACCACUGAGGUGAAAGUUCACUUCCGGGUCAUUGAGACGCUCAUCAGUAAGCUACCUAACGGUCAACAAAUUGUAGACGAGGUGGAUAAAGCUGUUACUCUUUGUUCUGAAAUGCACAACAUCAAAGAUGCCAUUUACGAGAACAAGAAGAAGCUGGAGGCCAUCGCAGAGGAUUACCAAACCCAGGGAAAUAGUACUAAGCUGUACUUCCUACAAAGGCUGGUUCAGAGUUUGGAACUUUACUUCUAUCUGAUCCUCUUCAACGCCUACCUACAUGACCAGUAUCCACUUGCUUUCUCUCGGAGUUUCAGCCAGUGGCUGUGUGCUAAUGCCUGGGUGUACCGCCUCCUGUCCUGCCUCAACCAAUCAGAGCUCAGAGCACCUGCUGACCUCAUCACAAAAGGAGCCAGAGUCCUGGUGGCUGAUGAGUUCUUGGUGCCAGAUGUUCUCCUCACUGUUAAGGAAAUGAAGGUGGCAAAUUUCAGACGAGUGUCCAAAAUGCCCAUCUAUGGGAUGGCCCAGCCUACAGCCGAGGCGGUGGGCGUGGUCCUUUCGUACCUGGCGGAUGAGAGGAGGCGGUACUCUGCGGUUCUGUGGGUGUGUCUGCAGGAUGAGCUGGUGCUGGAGUGUAACGGUCAGAUCUUCUGCCCCCGAGAGCCGACGUGUCCCGAGCAGCACAUCUCUCUGUACAGUGCAGCGGCUCAGGAGAUAGAGGAGCUGGAGUGCUCCCUGAAGGAGGAGGUGUUGGGUUCUCAGAAGUGGUUGGAGGUGACUCUGGAGCAGGAAAAGCAGAUGAAGAUGUUUAAGAGCUGCAGGACUCUGCAGGAGAUCUUCAGCACACACAAACAGACUCACCAAGGCCUGCAAUACACACGUAUCCCUCUGCCUGAGUGUGCAGCACCAAGAGAGGAGGACUUUGACAGGCUGCUGGAGGCGAUGAAGAGUGUGUUAGCUGAAGAUUCUCGUGCUGCGUUCGUGUUUAAUUGUUCAAACGGCCGCAGCAGGAGCACCACUGCCAUGACCGUCGCCACACUCACACUCUGGCACUUUAAUGGGUUCCCUGAGUUUGGAGAGGAGGAGAUUGUCAGUGUUCCUGAUGCUAAAUACACCAAGGGGGAAUUUGAGGUGGUGAUGCGUUUGAUCAGACUCCUCCCUGAUGGUCACAGGAUGAAGAGAGAGGUUGAUAUUGCGUUGGAUUCAGUGAGUGAGACGAUGACACCGAUGCACCAUCACCUGAGGGAGAUCAUCAUCUGCACAUACAGACAGAUGAAGAGCUGUAAGAACGAACAGGAGCGUGGAUCUCUGAUGUUGAAGAGUGUGCAGUAUCUGGAGCGCUACAUUUACCUCAUCCUCUUCAACACCUACCUGCACCUGGAAAAGAAGAACUCCCUCCAGCGCUCCUUUUCCACCUGGAUGCACCAGGUGGCAGCUCGAGCAGGAGUGUACGACCUCCUGAACCAGCUGACCUUCUCAGAGUUUGAGAACCUAAAAGACUCAACAUUUGCUCAUCUUCGGUUCCGCUGGAGAGAACAGACCGACCGGAAGCUUCCAUACAGGGGGGAAAUCAUCUGA